UUUACAAAUGGUUUAAUUUGCAAACACAGCCCUGACGGAUGGGAUGGGGUCUGUGAACGACAGCGGUAAAUAUCAAGAAACGUGAUAAAGAGAUAACGGUUAGGCAUGAAAUAUGUUUCAAUGUUCAGAACAUCCCGAUGGAAUAGAAUGUCAGUCUUCAUCAGCUCUGGAGCUCGUUUUCGGCUGCUUUGCGCGACUCUUAACUGGAGAUUGGACAAACAUAAAUGAAGAUAUUGUUGUGUCGUCUGUGGUCGUUCUUGUUUUUGUGAUCUCCUGGUAUAUAACCUUCUGUAUGCUUAAAAUUUCUUCGUUAUGGGAGAAAUCGAAAGAACAAUCGGCACAGUAUCAGCAUCAGCUCAACACCUCAUUGGAAUCUCAAAGGAAUGACGAAGAAAACUCUCCCGACGAGUCAACACCAGAUAACGAGAGGCCUGUACAGAAUAACGCUGAAAUGUUGGACCAACAAGCCGAUACUUCUGUUGAUGCGGAUUUUCGGGCGGCUGGUGAUGGUUGGGAAGCCGACGAUGAUGUGGAUUAUAUAGUUGAUACAGAUUUGAUACAAGGACAUACGGCAUAUUCAGACGAAGACUCCGAAGAUGACGUUGUAGUUCUGCGCCGCAUCAUUAUGGCAGCGGAUGACGUCACCGCACAAUUACCAGAGUCGGAAGACGUUCCCUCCAACCAAGAUCAACCAGAUGCAGAAGUGACAUCCAUACCCGACCAACAAGAAUUAAAUCAAACGGCUGAAAACGUAUUAAGCAAUAUUGUUGAGUUCAUUGAAGCUUGUGGCAACGAAGAUGUGGUCGAGGAACAUGGACCCGAGGCGAGUUCGACCCCCGUUAACGACGACGAAACUCAGGAGAAUGUUGAAUCCGACCAACCAACUGCAAAGAACGACACAGAACCCUAAACGUUUUUUUUUACAAGUUUUUAGCUGAAUAACCUUUUAAUAAAAUGAAAAGUAAUAUAUUUUA